AAUGAAAGUAGGGCAACACCUACCGCGAGUCAGACUGAUUUGCAUGGCUCAGUACCCGGCGGCGAUAAGAGCAUGAGCUCUUUCGGCAGCAGUUCGGGUUGGGCCACAGGUGGGCGUCGAAGCGGCCAAUUCGAUUCCAACCAGACACCAGAGUCAUCUAUGAUAUUCGGCAGCCCGCCCGACGGCGAUCGUGGAUCGGACAAGAAGGGCACGUUCGAUUGGUUCCACAAGAUGAGACAAGAGCAUCGAGAGCGUGCCGAUAAGAGGGACCGUGCUAAAAGUCCUCCUGGCAGCAUUAGUAACCCGCCACUGCCUCAAAAUCUGACAAGACCUCGCGACAAUCUCCCGAACAGAGACUGGUCUGCGGACGCUCCGCGUUCUUUGAGUGAGGUAUCCAACGAUGUAACGCCCAUUGGGAUCAGCCCGGCUGCGCAGACUACCUCGUCAACACCCGAGACAAGGCAGCAAUCGUCAAUCGUGGCACAGCAGACUGUGGGAAACACUGUUGGCCCCCCAACUGCUACUGCGAACCCUGUUCCGGCGGUCAUUCCUGAAGAACCAGUUGCGCCAACGUUGAAGCAUGAGGAUUCUUCGACGACGAUACAGCCAGCAACCCAGCUGACGACUCAGCCUUCAACAGGGCCUUCAUCGCCGCCGAUACAACAGCCCGCGCCCUUCACUCCGAUCAGCCAGGUACUGCAGUCAUCUGAACAGGAACCCAGGACCCCUACGGCUACCAAUCAUCCCGUUUUCCACGUACCAUCACCGGCUAUCGCUGAAAUCUUGGCUGCGCCAGCGAGGAGUUUCAAUCGAUCUCCCGAGCGUGCGAUCCCAUCACCUUCGAGGUCCCCACCUCCUAAUUCGACCCAUUGAGGUCUUCAUUGACAUCCGCGUACAGUACAGCAUCGUGCGCUGCUACAGCGCUAUGAUAUGUGGAGUUUGGUUCGGGUUCACUUCUGGAUACCAUUGUUGCAAGACGACGGCUGCUUGGAUGUGCCAAGGAAGAUAGUGAGGGCGUUUGAUAUGGCCAGACUACUCCGAGCCAGUGCGGAUGGAAUCGCGUCGCGUGUUGUAGAGAGCGACGAGCGAAAAUAAUCUGGCGCGCACGUCUCCGAUGAUGUACAGCGAGACGGCAGCAGUAAUAAUAAUC